AUGCCACGCGAGAUUAUUACUUUACAAGCCGGCCAGUGUGGAAACCAGAUCGGACAAGAGUUUUGGUCUACCUUGUGCAAUGAACACGGCAUUCGUCCAGAUGGCAUCCUAGAAGACUUUGCAACUGAAGGUGGAGAUCGAAAGGAUGUUUUUUUCUAUCAGGCUGACGAUGAGCAUUACAUUCCCCGAGCCAUCUUGAUAGACUUGGAGCCUAGGGUAGUUAUCAACAACAUCCUUCAAUCACCAUAUGCAAAUCUAUUCAAUCCAGAAAAUAUUUCACUUUCAAAGGACGGAGGUGGUGCUGGUAAUAACUGGGCAUAUGGACAUUGCCAAGGCGAGAAAAUUCAUGAAGAGAUUAUGGAAAUGGUAGAUCGAGAAGCUGAUGGGUCAGAUAGUUUGGAAGGAUUCAUGCUUUUGCAUUCUAUUGCUGGCGGUACUGGCUCUGGUCUUGGAUCGUAUCUGCUCGAAUGCCUCAACGAUAGAUAUCCCAAAAAGCUCAUUCAAACUUAUUCUGUUUUUCCUAAUAAUGCCGAGACAAGUGAUGUUGUUGUUCAACCUUACAAUUCAAUGCUAAGUCUUAAACGACUUACAAAUAAUGCAGACUCAGUGGUCGUGCUUGAUAAUGCUGCACUAAACAGAAUUGCGUCAGAUAUGCUUCACAUUCAAACACCAACAUUUGCUCAAACAAACCAAUUGGUUUCAACGGUUAUGAGUGCUAGUACCACUACAUUGCGCUAUCCCGGAUACAUGAACAACGAUUUGGUUGGAUUGAUUGCGUCUCUUAUUCCAACUCCAAGAUGCCACUACCUCAUGACUAGCUACACUCCAUUUACUGGUGAUCAUGUUGAUAAGUCAAAAAGCAUUCGAAAAACCACAGUCUUGGAUGUUAUGCGUAGACUAUUACAACCCAAGAACAAAAUGGUUUCCACCAUUCAUUCAAAGCGUAGCUGCUAUAUUUCUAUUUUAAAUAUUAUUCAAGGCGAGGCUGAUCCGACCGAGGUUCAUAAAUCUCUUCUUCGAAUUCGUGAACGGCGUCUUGCCCAGUUUAUUCCAUGGGGUCCUGCCAGCAUUCAAGUGGCUUUGGCUCACAAAAGCCCGUAUGUGCAGACUCCACAUCGUGUUUCUGGACUCAUGCUUGCAAAUCACACCAGUAUUGCUUCACUUUUUAAGCGUAUUUGUGAUCAGUACGAUCGUUUGCGAAAGCGAAAUGCUUUUGUAGAGAUGUAUAAACGCGAGUCAUCGUCCGAAAUGGAUGCGCUUGAAGAGUUUGAUUCAUCAAGGGAGGUUGUUCAACAACUUAUUUCAGAGUAUGAAGCAUGCGAAAGCCCCGACUAUUCAACCUGGGUAAUAUACUGUUUAACUUUGAUUCUGUUGCAUCUUUAA